GAAAAAAAAGAGAGGGAGAGAUAAAACCGAGAUGGAGGAUUUCCAAUCUCCUAGAAUACGAUCUUACAAAUCGUAUGAAGGAGAUAGGAACCUUCAACUGGUUGAUCCUGCUGAUUUAAAACCGGUAAGAGGUAUUUACGUCGUCAGAGAAUCAAAGCAUAAUCGAUCUCCAAUGACAGCAGAUUUAUGGCGUAAAAUUUCUUACAAAGACUUGCCCGUUAGACCUACCAAGAGAUCUUCUUCUCAUUCUACGUCGUUAAAAGGAUGGUGGAACGAUCCGGAAAUAAAGAGAAAACGACGAGUGGCGAAAUACAAGCUUUAUUCAGCCGAAGGAAAGAUGAAGACAUCUUUGAGAAAGAGCUACAAAUGGAUUAAGAUUCAAUGCUCCAAGAUUAUUCAUGGAAUAUAGGUCUCUCAUUUUAUAUAACCUGUUUAGAAGUUUGUUUUGAAAAGGUAUUUAAUUUGUUCCAUUCAUUAUGUAAUUGUGUUCCUUGUGUAUUUCUAUAAUAUUCAAUUAACU